AAUUGGGAGAAAGGUUUAAAAAACAUCACCAUGGAUGAUUAUCAUCAUCAUGAGCACCAUCCUCCUCACCAUCAUCAUCAUCAUCAACAUAAUAACCAUAACCAUAACCAUGACCAUGACCAUGACCAUGUUCUUCCUCCCCAUCCCCAUAUUCACAUACAUGAUCAAGUAUGGUCUACCCACUGUAAUCAUCCUACCCCACAUCCAUAUCCACCUUCCAUCAUCCAAACCUUAAACCCACCAUCAUUUAUCAUGAAACCUUCCUUAUUACAACACCAAAUACUAGAGGAAAAUAAAUAUAAACAUGAACUAGAAGAAGAAAAAGAAGAAGAAUUAGGAGCAAUGAAAGAGAUGAUGUACCGGAUUGCAGUUAUGCAACCCGUGGAUAUUGACCCGGCUACUAUCCGUAAGCCCAAAAGAAGAAAUGUCCGGAUCAGCAACGACCCACAAAGUGUAGCAGCUCGUCAUAGAAGGGAGAAGAUAUCCGAAAAGAUACGGAUCCUCCAACGUUUAGUACCCGGGGGUAUUAAAAUGGAUACUGCCUCUAUGCUUGAGGAGGCUAUUUGUUAUGUUAAGUUUCUUAAGAGACAAAUCCGUCAACUUCAAUCCGGAUCCGGGUCCUCCAUUCACCUCCCGGAUCCAGUCCCUGACUAUCCGGCCACCCAAUGGUCACCUUUAGUGCCCUUGGGUUCCGGAAGCUCCAAACUUGUGCUUAGUAGGGAUGAAGGGAUGAUAUUUGAACAACAUGGAGGUAAUCAGAUCGAUGUAUAA